GUGGACUCAGAGCAUAUAAGAGGCUGAUGGGUUAACUGCGCACUGUGUGUCUGCUCGGAGGGGGAUGCCGGCUGGAUUUUCCCUGCGAACAGGACAAACAGAGAAGUUUUAUGGUCGGGAUCAGUCCUGACGUACAGCGACUUGGAAAGGAGAAGAGGACUUUGGCACGGUGAUUCAUUUUGACUGUAAUCAGAAUGGAGGCAAACGGUACCGCUGGAAGACAUGGUUUGGAAGGAGACGCAGACCUCCAGUUCCUUUUGAUCGGCGGUGAGCUGGUCAAGAUUCGCUCCAGCUCCUGGAAGAAGAAUCGCUUCUACAAACUGCAGGAAGACUGCAGGACCUUGUGGCAUGAGUCUAAGAAGACAUUCAGGCGAAACCAGACCUUCUCCAUCGAUGACAUUGAAUCAGUGCGCAAAGGCCGUCAGUCUGAGGGCCUCAAAAAACACACCGACCCCAGCGUUGAAGAGCAAUGCUUCUCCAUCAUCUUCAAGGGCCGCAAGAAGAAUCUGGACCUGAUGGCAGUCAGUGUGGAGGAGGCUAAUCGGUGGGUCAGUAGCCUGGAAAAGGUAAAGAGGACCAUCGGCAACCUCAGCCGCCAGCAGAAGAGUGAACACUGGAUAAUCAACUGCAUGCGGAAAGCCGACAAGAAUGAAGACAACAAGAUGACGCUGAAGGAGCUGAAGCACUUUCUGCGACAGAUCAAUGUUGAGGUCGAUGACAUGUACGCGGAGGAGAUUUUUAAGAAAUGUGACAAGUCCAAUUCAGGCUCCCUUGAAGGCGCAGAGAUCAAACACUUCUACGACCUGUUGACUCACCGCGAGGAGAUCGACGUGAUCUACGGCAAAUACGCUCAAGCACAAGGCCAGAUGAGCCUCAGAGAUCUUCUCAACUUCUUGCUGAAUGAGCAAAGGGAGGAUGCGACGGUGGAGGACGCUUCCAAGCUGAUCGAGAAAUACGAGGUGGACGAAACAGCAAAGCAGAAGAAGCACAUGACCAAAGACGGCUUCCUGAUGUAUCUGCACCAUGAGGAGGGAUCCAUCCUGAACCCAGCACACAUACCUGUGUAUCAGGACAUGAGCCAGCCCCUCAACCAUUACUACAUCUCCUCCUCACACAACACAUACCUGAUGGAAGACCAGCUCAAAGGGCCCAGCAGCACGGAAGCCUACAUAAAAGCGCUGACAAAGAGUUGCCGCUGUGUGGAGCUGGACUGUUGGGACGGCGCUAACGGAGAGCCUGUCAUUUAUCACGGCUACACGAUCACAUCCAAAGUGCUCUUCAGAGAUGUCAUCAGCGCCAUCAAAGACUACGCCUUCAAAACGUCUGACUACCCAGUGAUUCUGUCGCUGGAGAACCAUUGCAGCGUGGAGCAACAGAAGCUCAUGGCCCAUUACCUGAUCUCCAUCCUGGGUGAUGCUUUGGUCACAAAGCCCCUUGGCGACACCAUGCCCACCAACUUCCCCUCGCCUGAGGAGCUGAAGGGCAAGUUCCUCAUCAAGGGAAAGCGACUGAACAAACUGGAUGCAAUCUUCAACAACAACAACACCAUAGAGGAAGGCACAGUGUCAGAGGAGGACGAGGCUGCAGACUGUGAGAACGGCCAAAAAGCAAACCCGAAGAAAUCAAAGAUCAAACUUGCCAAACAGCUCUCAGACAUCGUCGUCUACUGUAAGAGUGUUCACUUCAACGGCUUUGAGCACGCCAAAGACAGCCAAGGCUUCUAUGAAAUGUCAUCCUUUAAGGAGAGUAAAGCUUUCAACCUGGCGGAGACCUCAGCUACUGCCUACAUCCAUCACAACAUGGACAAACUGAGCAGGAUCUACCCUGCUGGCUCCAGAACCAACUCCUCCAACUACAACCCUGUACCCAUGUGGAAUGUCGGCUGUCAAAUUGUUGCGCUGAACUUCCAGACUCCCUCCAAGGAGAUGCAGCUAAACCAGGGUCGGUUUCUGACAAAUGGCACUUGCGGCUACAUCCUGAAGCCUGAAUUCCAGAGAAGCCUGUCCUCUCAGUUUGAUCCCAACACACUCGCCAAAGGGCCGUGGCUGAAGCGGAAGACCUUUUACAUCAUGGUGAUCACAGGUCAGCAGCUACCAAAAAUCAACAAGGACAAACACAAAUCCAUCGUGGACCCUCUGGUGAGAGUGGAGAUUCACGGCGUCCCUGCAGACAACGCCAGCAAGGAGACGCACCACAUUGACAACAACGGCUUCAACCCGAUGUGGAAUGAGAACUUCCAGUUUGACAUCCACGUCCCGGAGCUGGCCAUGCUGCGGUUUGUGGUGGAGGACUAUGACUCAACAUCCCAGAAUGAUCUCAUCGGGCAGUACUGUCUGCCGCUCACCAGUGUACAGAAUGGUUAUCGCCACGUCCCACUGCUCACCAAGAGAGGCGACGUCAUCUGCUCCGCCGGACUCUUUGUGCAUCUCAUGCUCUUGGACGCCCAGUAGACUCAUAAAAAGCCUUAACACCAGCAACAGCAUUUUUUUAAAGCAAACUCCACUAGAUUUUAUAGCUAAAUAACACAACUCUGAUCAAAUAUUUCAAAAGCAUCUUAAUGCAGAAAGCAUUAUUGGGAUUGCCAAGCCACAGCUGCUGACUCACGGUUACAUGUGACAUUUUCUGUUGUGUAAUUUUAGAUUUUUUUACACUUCUGGUUUGGUUGAGUGCUCCUGUAUUGUAACGAAGCAAGAAUGAAUGAAAGCGUGUGUGAAAGCAGUGAAUGAGAAGUGCAGGGGAUUAUUUCAAGGAAGCUAUUACACUGUGUUUGCCAUACAGAGGAGGAAUAUAUUAAGUAAAGUGAGUUUUGUGUGAUUUGCAGCACAAGAUACUUGCCGUGUAAUUUUUGAAUAGAUCCUUUUAGACUUUCUGACAUCUUCCUUCAGGAUCAUAUGAAUCAUCCUCAUGAAAACAAAGUAUUUGUUAGGAAAUGCAAAAAGCAUCUGACUUGUUUUGUUUUUUCAUACUUUAUCAGACUAGGACAAACUUUGAUUUAUACCUCUCCAGUCUUAAUGCCAUAAUAAUGAGUCUGUAGCUCAGUAUAAGAUUUCAAAAUGUAAAUGUUGUAUCCAUGUGUAUGUCUGUGUGCUUCUGCCCUUCUGUCAAAAUGAUUUGAAUGACUGCUUUAUGUUCUUGUACAUAUCUUUCAAACAGACUAAAAAUGCUUUAAACUUAUAUUUUUUGACAAUAUAAGGAGCACAUCAAGUAAAUUUCCCACACAUGCUUCUGAUCUGAACAUAACAAACCUUAAUCCACUUUAUCAAACAGGUUGUUUCAGUGUAUCAUACUUUACUAUGAUAAAUGACUCAGUGCCUUCAGUAUGUCAUUACUUAUCUGCAUUUUGCACUACCUGCCAAAUAAAACCAGCCCGAGUCCCUCCCC